UAUUCCACUAAUUUCAUUAUAAAUAUUUGAUUUUAUAUUAAUUAAAUACUAAUUAAUAUUUGUUACUUAUUAGAUGAGUUGGUAGAUUUGUACAGUUUGUGCUGAUGUUUACCGGUAAAAUCCCGCUUAUUUUCUGGCAGUUGCUUCUAGUUUAUUCGUCUGAAAUUUCAUUAAAAAGUUCUUCAAAAUGCCGUCAAAUACUCAAUGUUCAUUAAAGUUUGCUAAACUCAGUGAUAAAGCUUUUCCUCCUAUUAAAGGAUCAAAUCUAGCUGCUGGAUAUGAUCUUCGAAGUGCCUACGAUUAUGUUAUUCCAGCCCAAGGAAAAGAAUUGGUAAAAACUGAUAUUCAAAUAGUAGUUCCUGAAGGUACUUAUGGACGAAUAGCUCCAAGAUCUGGGUUAGCAUGGAAAAACUUCUUAAACGUUGGUGCUGGAGUUAUUGAUGCUGAUUACAGAGGUAAUGUGGGAGUAGUACUUUUUAAUCAUAGUAACACAGAUUUUAAAGUGUCUGCUGGUGAUCGCAUUGCACAGUUAAUUUGUGAGAAAAUCGAAUAUCCUGAAUUAAAGGAACUUUCAACACUAGAUGAGACCGCCAGAGGGGAUGGAGGAUUCGGUUCUACUGGAGUGUGAUUAUUAAAAAUCAAAAAUACAGGUGUUGUAAUACAUCAUAAUUUAAUUUUACUAUUUUCAGUACUUUCAUGUAUCAUGUAUAUCUUAAGAAUGAUCUUUUUUAUUAUUACCUUAUCUUUUAUUCAUUUGAUAUAAAUUUGUCAACUACCUCGUAUGUAAACAAAAAAAGAUAAGUUAAUUUUUGCAAAUAAUAAAAA